AUGAACAUAUUCGAGAUCAAUUACAAAUAUUUUCCCAUCGUCUUGCACGUGUUAAAAAAUCAAGAUCUACACGAGCAUUCGUCAGCACAGAUUCUAGACCUAUUUCCAAGUCACUCCGUUGAAAUCGAAAACUCUGCAAUUCUUUGGUCACAACGUCUUCAAGCACAAGAAGAAAUUAAUCGUUUGAAAUCAGAGCUUGCGAUAGUACGCUCACAAAUUAAUAAUAAUCAAUCAACAUCACAUUCAACUCAACCAUUACCAUUGAUGUCAACACAGUCAAUGAAUAAUCAUUUCUUUAAACUGAUUCAAAAUUUGGUGAGUGAUAAUCAUGCUCAUAGUUCACAAGUACGAACAGUCACCAACAUUAUAACACCUAAUGCUAUACGGUCAUCACCAUUACUUAUACCACCAACAAUAUUAGUUGCAUCAUCACCAUCUUCGUCACAGAAUGUUGCUUCUCAAUUUUCUAAUACAAGUCAAUCGCCACAGCCAACAUCAAUUGAUAAUGAACAAUUACUACAACAACAUUUAUGCAUUAGCACUCAAAAUUAUAGCACUAAUACAUCAUUCAAUUAA